AUGUGCUGGGUCGGCGAAGUGCCUCCCCCUCCCCGCCCGCCGACGGAGCCCGCGGCAGUGUCUCCGAGCCGACUGCUCGGCGCGCCUGCAACCCAUGGGAAGGGUGAGAGGGCCGGUCCCCGCCACGGCCCCUGCCGCAGGUUCUUCGCGCACUCCGGGGCAGCGGUCGGUAAGAGCAGCGGGGCACGGCGGCGGGGAGGCACCCGCCUGCCCCCUCGGACCCAGACAGGACCCCAGUAAGUGCCUGCUCGGGAGAAGCGGGAGUACCCAUCCUCCAGGAGCCUACAACCGAACGGUCGCGCAUGCCACUGCCCCGGGGGUUACAGACAAGUAUCGGGAGGAAAGGACAGCGGGAUGUGACGCCAAAUGUGAGUUCAUGAAUUUACGCCUCUGCUCCUGCAGGAGCGAGCCCGGUCUGUAUCUCCCUAGUUGAUGGAUGCCCAUUAAUACACCUGCAUUCACGUCUCGGCCGUGGGUAGGCACGCAGGGGUUCAGUGCGGCGCAGCACAGUUUUGCCAAGUCCUUUCCAAACGCCAGUACCCUUCAAGUCACACCCAAAGGAGAGCGAUUUCUCUGGAUUUCCAAGCGUACCGAUGACCGAGGCGGUUUUUCUGUCGGGAACCUUCUACCUUUCUGUAUGUGCCUGCGUGUGUGUGUGUCUGUGUAUACAUAUCUAUCUCCUGGAGAGGGAUUAAUUAGCCGGGUUUGAGCUGAAAGAGGCUGCAGUGACGAGCCCAGUGGCGAUUGGCCGCCCGCCUGCCUGGCCCUGCCUUUAUAAUUUCCACACGAGUGCAUCUGGGCUCUUAUACAAACCAACAGCCAGCUUCUUCUGACAUACACACACACACACACGGCACUUUUUUCCACCAUCCGAUUAAACACCCUGCAUACACACAGUGAUUACUACGGGAAAACAUAAAUAAAUAGGGAGAGGUUUUAUUAUUUUGACUCCUGGAAGCCUCACUGUCUCAGUGCAACUUUUAUUUUUCUUGCUGCUGGGGAAGGUGCAGCUCUCGAUGCUUUGCUCUCACUCACGGACCCUUUAAAAAAAGGGGGAGGAAAAAUAUCGCCCCCUCCAGUCCCCCGCCCGUCCCCCUCCCCCCCCCCCGCCCCCCCUCCUCUCGCCACACACACUUCAAGACGGCUGAUCUAAAAAAGCAGGAAGAGAGCAUCUGAGAAGCAGCAGCCCCAGCACAUUUUGAAAAACAUUUGUUACAUUUCAGAGUGCGGCAGCCUGUUUCUCCUCUGAAGUUGGCUCCAGCCUUAGCAGCCGCAUUGGAUCCCACAGCCUAUUGCGAGACUCCGGUAUACAAUCCGGAUCUCUGCCCCAACAUGAUCGCGGCCCAGGCCAAGUUGGUGUAUCAUCUGAAUAAAUACUACAACGAGAAAUGUCAAGCCAGGAAAGCUGCCAUCGCCAAAACAAUUCGAGAAGUCUGCAAAGUGGUGUCGGACGUGCUGAAGGAGGUGGAGGUGCAGGAACCUCGCUUCAUCAGUUCCUUGAAUGAGAUGGACAAUCGCUACGAGGGGUUGGAAGUCAUCUCCCCCACGGAGUUUGAAGUCGUGCUGUAUCUGAACCAGAUGGGGGUUUUCAACUUCGUGGACGACGGCUCCUUGCCGGGCUGUGCGGUGUUAAAGCUAAGCGACGGGCGCAAGAGGAGUAUGUCCCUCUGGGUGGAGUUCAUCACGGCGUCUGGCUACCUCUCCGCUCGCAAAAUCCGGUCCAGAUUUCAGACUCUGGUGGCUCAAGCCGUGGAUAAGUGCAGUUACAGAGACGUGGUAAAGAUGGUGGCGGACACCAGCGAAGUGAAGCUGAGAAUCAGGGAUAGAUACGUCGUGCAGAUCACUCCGGCGUUCAAAUGCACCGGGAUAUGGCCGCGGAGUGCUGCCCACUGGCCGCUUCCCCACAUCCCCUGGCCGGGACCCAACAGAGUGGCGGAGGUCAAGGCGGAAGGCUUUAACCUUUUAUCCAAGGAGUGCCACUCUCUGGCCGGCAAGCAGAGCUCGGCAGAGAGCGAUGCCUGGGUGCUGCAGUUCGCAGAAGCCGAGAAUAGACUGCAGAUGGGCGGCUGCAGGAAGAAAUGUCUCUCUAUCCUCAAAACCUUGCGGGACCGGCACCUGGAGCUGCCGGGCCAGCCCCUGAAUAAUUAUCACAUGAAGACUCUGGUUUCAUACGAAUGCGAAAAGCAUCCCCGCGAAUCGGACUGGGACGAGUCGUGCCUGGGGGACCGGCUCAACGGGAUUUUACUGCAGCUCAUCUCCUGCCUCCAGUGCAGGAGGUGUCCGCACUACUUCUUGCCCAACUUAGACCUCUUUCAGGGCAAACCUCACUCGGCUCUGGAAAACGCCGCCAAACAAACGUGGCGACUGGCUAGGGAAAUACUUACCAACCCGAAAAGUUUGGAGAAACUUUAGAGGGUAACUAUAACAACAGCCUGACCGAAAAGUCUGCUUGUUUCCUGAUAAAGUUUUAAGAUGCCUGUUCGAAAAGUCAAAUAUUUCCACUCGACAAUGCAAAUAAUAAUCUCUUUAAAAAAAUCAACACGAAAACCAACCAACAAACAAACAACAGUAACAACAACAAAAACCCCAGGAUAUAGCUGAGGCUCUUCACCGUGAAAAGAAAAAAAAAAAGGCAAAUAAGAAUAACAAGUAUCGUUAGCCGCGGUUUUGUUCUUCCCCUUAAAAAAAAGAAAAUAAAAAGGGAAAAAAAAAAAAGAAAGAAAAAGGAGAAUCGGCCGUAAUUUAAUACGAUUGUGACCAUUCUGCCUAGAAAUGUUACCAACGGAUUAUAACAAACCCGGUAUUUUUAUGUAAACCCUCUGUGAGUAAAAGCUGUUUGGAUAUGCCACCUGAACAAAUCCUAAUGUACCUUUUAAUUUGUAUCAAAUAUUGUGAUCUCACAUUGUCUUUGAAAUUGUGGAUGUUGGUGUUUUGUGAUUUGGUGAACAGAAGUUAAAUUGCCAUUUUGGAUGCUUCAAGGACAUUUUCUGCUAAAAAGAAGAUACCAUUUUAAAAGGUAGAUUUUAUCACGGUACUUUUGUUAAUUGUCUUUUGAAGUGUCUGAACUUAACAAGUUUACAUUUUUCGUUUCAUAUAUAUUGCUUGUUCUAUUUCUAACAUUCCAUAAAUAUACUUGAAAUGUUAUUUAAAUAUAUUCAAAAAGAAGUUUGGAUUCUGCUUAUAUAAUAACGCCUGAAUAUUGGAAUUAUAUAUUUGAAAAUGCACUUGAAAUACACUGGAUAAUUACCUUUUGUGA